GCAGAUCGGGAGCGGCGCCGAGAAAAAUAUCUUUACUAGAUGACAUUUCAUCGCAAUGUCCGAUCGUCUGGGGCAAAUAACCAAGGGCAAGGAUGGGAAAAGCAAGUACUCGACUCUCAGCCUGUUUGACAAGUAUAAAGGAAGACCAGUAGACGCCACCAGGUCCUCAGUUAUUCCUAGACAUGGCUUACAGAGUCUCGGGAAAGUGGCCACAGCCCGGCGCAUGCCGCCGCCUGCAAACCUGCCAAGCCUGAAGUCUGAAAACAAAGGAAACGACCCCAGCAUUGUGAUAGUGCCCAAGGACGGCACGGGAUGGGCAAACAAGCAGGAGCAGCCCGACCCAAAGAGUUCCAGUGCGACGGCCUCUCAGCCGCCGGAGUCGCUGCCGCAGCCGGGUUUGCAGAAGUCUGUCUCCAAUUUGCAGAAGCCGACACAGCCGAGCAGUCAGGAGAAUACAAAUUCAGUGCCAGGUGGACCAAAGUCAUGGGCACAGCUGAAUGGAAAGCCAGCAGGACACGAAGGUGGUUUAAGGGGCUCAAGCCGACUGUUAUCCUUCUCUCCCGAGGAAUUUCCGACGCUGAAAGCAGCUGGAGGGCAGGACAAGGCUGGCAAAGAAAAGGGCGUCUUAGAUCUGUCGUAUGGGCCAGGACCAAGCCUCCGCCCUCAGAAUGUGACAAGCUGGAGGGAGGGCGGUGGGCGAAGCACAGCUUCUGCGGCGUCUCUGAGCACCUCCCCAGCUGAGCCGGGCAGCAGGAACGCCAGUGCUGGGGAUGGAGCCCCCUCCUCGGCAUGUACCAGCGAUUCUAAAGACCCCUCUCUCCGCCCGGCUCCUCCUGUCCGCAAAGGGACAUCGCAGUUCCUGGGAAACGUGUACCACCCUCCCACGUACCAUGACAUGCUCCCUGCUUUUAUGUGUUCGCCACAGUCAUCAGAGAACCAGGGUCCAGUGGACCGAGGCUCCUUCCCUCUUCCUCAGCUCCGCCUGGAACCCCGUGCUCCUUUUAGACAGUUCCAGAUCAAUGGCCAAGAUGGGAAAGAGAGCAGGCUGGGGCUGACCCGCCCCAUCCGCCCACUGAGGCAGCUGGUGGAGCGGGCACCACGGCCCACCAUCAUCAAUGCCGAAAACCUGAAGGGCCUGGAUGACCUGGACACCGAUGCUGACGACGGCUGGGCAGGCCUCCACGAAGAAGUAGACUAUUCAGAGAAAUUGAAGUUCAGCGAUGAUGAAGAGGAGGAAGAGGUUGGGAAGGAUGGCCGGCCAAAGUGGAACAGCUGGGACCCGAGAACGCAGCGACAGUUGUCCCUGAGCUCUGCAGACAGUGCUGAUGCCAAGCGCACUCAAGAGGAAGGGAAGGACUGGGGCGAAGCUGUGGGUAUGUCCCGUGUUGCCCGAAAGGUGCCGGAGCCUCAGCCACCUUCCAGAAAGCUUCAUGGCUGGGCAUCAGGCCCAGACUACCAGCAGAAAUCCUCAGUGGGCAGUGUGUUCCGGCAACAGUCUAUCGAGGACAAGGAGGAUAAGCCACCCCCGAGGCAGAAGUUCAUUCAGUCAGAGAUGUCCGAGGCCGUGGAGCGGGCACGAAAGCGCAGGGAAGAGGAGGAGCGCCGAGCCCGGGAGGAGAGGCUGGCAGCCUGCGCUGCCAAGCUCAAACAGCUAGACCAGAAGUGCAAGCAGGCCCAGAAGGCCAGCGAGGCCCAGAAGGCCAGCGAGGCCCAGAAGCAGGUGGAGAAGGAGGUACCUCGGUCCCCAGGCACCGAGAAGGCCCCCCCACAAGAAAAUGGCCCUGCUGUCUGCAAAGGCUCCCCAGAAUUCCCUGCCCAGGAAGCCCCCUCCACUUUCUCAGAGGAGGCACGCACAGCUUCCCCAGCUGUGGGUCAGAGCAGCAGCAGUGAGGAGGAGGCCAGGGAGUCUGCGUCCCCUGCACAGGAAUUCAGCAAGUAUCAGAAGUCCCUUCCUCCACGGUUCCAGCGCCAGCAGCAGCAGCAGCAGCAGCAGCAGCAGGAGCAGCUGUACAAGAUGCAACACUGGCAGCCGGUGUAUCCCCCGCCUUCCCACCCACAGCGAACCUUUUACCCGCACCACCCCCAGAUGCUGGGCUUCGACCCCAGGUGGAUGAUGAUGCCUUCCUACAUGGACCCUCGGAUCACACCCACCCGGACCCCUGUGGACUUCUACCCCUCAGCCCUGCACCCUUCAGGACUGAUGAAGCCCAUGAUGCCCCAAGAGUCCCUCAGUGGGACUGGAUGUCGUUCUGAAGAUCAGAGCUGUGUGCCCCCACUCCAAGAAAGAAAAGUGACAGCCAUCGAUCCAGCUCCCGUCUGGAGCCCAGAGGGCUACCUGGCGCUGCAGAGCAAGGGCUACUCAUUGCCCCACCCAAAGUCAAGCGACACUUUGCCUGUGGAUGUGCAUGUCAGGAAUGAAAGCUCUUACUCUGCCUCCCCUGGAAGGUCAGGGGGCGUAAGUGCCCAGCGCCAUCUCUUUGAGGAGAGAGGGGAGGAGUACUUGAGUGCUUUUGACAAGAAGGCCCAAGCAGACUUUGACAGCUGUAUCUCUUCUCAAAGAAUAGGCCAGGAGCUUUUAUUUCCACCCCAAGAAAAUGUUCAGGAGGCGGGCGCUCCUGGGGGCCACGCCCAAAACCUCAGGCGUCCCCCGCUGGAGCCUGACUUUGUCCCAGUUGAGAAAAAGCCAGAGUUUUGCAGCUGGGACAUUGGCCACCAGCCAAAGGCCCCUGACACAGCCAAGGGUGUUGAGCAGGAGGCGCCCCGGGAGGAGCCGUCCUUCCAUGCUGCCUCCUGGGAGAAGGAAGGGAGUCCUGACAAACAGCCAGACCCAGAGCCUGAAUGGACACCUGAGCCCCGGAGUUCCAGUGGCCAGCACCAGGAGCAGCCAGGCAGGACCCGGAGGUCAGGGCCCAUCAAAAAACCGGUCCUCAAAGCCCUGAAAGUGGAGGAGAAGGAGAAGGAGCUAGAGAAGGUUAAGCGGGGGCUCGGAGAAGAGAGUGCACGGCUGGCCACAGAGAAGCCUGAGCAGGAUGAGGACGAAGAGAACGACCCUGCCCUGGCCAACGCCUCCCCCUCCACUUUGGAGGACAAGGCCUCCACCCGGGCUGGGUCCAACCACGAGGCCAGCAAAUGGGAUGCGGAUGAGGAUGAGAAGGCUGACAAGGCCUGGGAGCCCAGACCAUCCCGAGAGAACAGCGACAUUCCCCCCACCAAGAGAAACAACUGGAUCUUCAUCGAUGAGGAGCAGGCCUUUGGGGGCCGGGGGCAGGCCCGCAGCCGGGGCCGAGGUUUCAGAGAAUUCACUUUCCGAGGUCGGCCAGCCGGGGGAAAUGGAAGCAGCCUGUGUGGCGGGGGCGUCCUGGGGGCCCGCGGCAUCUACAGCAGCAGCCAGCGGAGUGGCCGCGGUCGGGGCCUGCGGGAGUUCCCCCAGCCAGAGGACAGCCCCAGAGCCAAGCCGCGGCGGCGCAUCGCCAGCGAGACCCAUAGCGAGGGCUCCGAGUAUGAGGAGCUGCCCAAGCGGCGCCGGCAGAGGGGCUCGGAGAGCGGGACGGAGGGCUCGCUCCUGGGGCGGGAGGAGGGCGCCCUGCAGACGGACUCCUGGCGCUCUAGCAAGGCGUACCCCGAGGACCAGAGCGGCCCGGAGGCCAAGGGUCGGGGCCCUCGGGCCUGUGGCCGUGCUCUCCCGCCCAGGCUGAGCAACGGCGGCUAUGGGCGCAGGGCCUUCGCCCCCAAGGAGCCCGUCCCCUGGCAGAGCAGGAGCCCGGGCGGCUCCUGGCAGGAGUACGGUCCUGCCGACACGGGUGGGACCCGGCGUGCCACGGACAGAGACUACGUCCCUGACUCCUACCGACAUGCGGACUCGUUUGGCAGCAGGGCCUUUGAGGACAGCCGCUUGGAGGACAAGAGGUCCUUCUUCCAAGACGACCAUGUUACAGAUUCUGAGAAUGCAGAGAACCGGCCGUUCCGGAGGAGGCGCCCCCCACGCCAAGACAAGCCCCCGCGCUUCCGGCGGCUGCGGCAGGAGCGGGAGUCCUUGGUCCUGUGGGGACCAGAGGAGGAGGCCCCCCUGCUGGCGGGCCAGUGGCCAGGCCGGCCCAAACUCUGCCCUGGGGACAAGGUUGGCGCAGGGGGCCGCAGGUCCCCAGACCCAUCCUGCCACAACUCUUCUGACCAUGCCAACGAGGAGUGGGAAACGGCCUCUGAGAGCAGCGACUUCAGCGAGCGCAGGGAGAGGCGCGGGGGCCCAGGGGAGCCCGACCCACAGGGGGACGGUGGCCUGUCUGGGGCCGGUCUGGGUGAGAAGAAGGAACUGGCCAAGAGGAGCUUCUCCAGCCAGAGGCCCCUGGCUGACAGACAGAGCCGCAAGCUGGAGCCGGGAGGGUUUGGGGAGAAGCCCGUUAGGCCAGGUGGUGGUGAGACGUCCCCCCGCUAUGACAGCCAGCAGAGCGGGACACCCUUGAAAGCCAAAAGGUCCCCGGAUGAGGCCCUGCCUGGAGGCCUUGGCUGCAGCAGUGGGAAUGGCCACUCGCCUUACACCCUAGAGCGGGCCACACACACCAACGCUGAUAGUCCAGAAGCCACCAGUAAGAAGGCAGAGAAGGAGUCCGUGCUGGCCGUUCAGAGGGCUAGUGAGCAGGAGGAGGCCCGGAAGCAGUUUGACCUGAGCUAUGGAAGUGCCAUCAUUGAAAACUGUGCGUCUGGCCCUGGGGAGGAGAGUGAGAUGGGCUCCAUGGUGGGCGAAGGCUUCAUUGAAGUGCUGACCAAGAAGCAGCGCCGGCUCCUGGAGGAGGAGAGGAGAAAGAAAGAGCAGGCUGCGCAGGUGCCUGUGAAAGGUCGAGGCCUUUCCUCUCGUAUCCCCCCUCGAUUUGCUAAAAAACAGAACAACUUGUGCCUGGAACAGGGCGAUGUGGCCGUGCCUGGCAGCAGCCUGGGCACUGAGAUCUGGGAGACCAGCAGCCAAGCCCUCCCUGUGCAGGCCGCAGCCAGUGACUCCUGGAGGAAAGCCGUCUCUGCCUUCAGCAGCACUGAGCCCAGCUCCACCGAGCAGGGUUUUAAGAGCAGCCAGGGAGACAGCGGUGUUGACUUGAGUGCAGAGUCUCGGGAGUCGUCUGCCACCUCCUCGCAACGCAGCUCCCCAUAUGGUACUCUGAAGCCAGAGGACAUGAGCGGUCCUGGCCUGGCAGAAUCCAAGGCUGACAGCCACAAGGAGCAGGCUCAGAAGCAAUCUGAGCAAAAGGACUCAGAACAAGGCUCAGGACAGAGCAAGGAGCACAGACCAGGACCCAUCGGCAAUGAACGUUCUCUGAAAAACAGAAAGGGCUCAGAGGGGACUGAGCGGCUGCAAGGGACAGUCGUCCCACCUGUUAAUGGGGUAGAGAUUCACGUGGACUCCGUGCUGCCUGUGCCACCCAUUGAAUUUGGAGUCAGUCCAAAAGACUCUGAUUUCAGCUUGCCACCUGGUUCUGCCUCUAGUCCUGCAGGGAAUGCAGUGGUCAAACUUCAGGAUGCCUUGGCUAGCAAUGCAGGGUUGACACAGAGCAUUCCCAUCCUCCGGCGAGAUCAUCAUAUCCAGAGGGCCAUUGGCCUCUCCCCAAUGUCCUUCCCCACUGCUGAUCUCACACUAAAGAUGGAGUCUGCACGGAAGGCUUGGGAAAACUCCCCCAGUUUGCCAGAGCAGAGCUCUCCAGGGGGUGCUAGCUCGGGCAUCCAGCCUCCGUCCUCGGUGGGCGCCUCCAGCGGGGUCAACUACAGCUCCUUUGGUGGAGUAUCCAUGCCACCCAUGCCUGUGGCCUCUGUAGCCCCUUCUGCUUCGAUGCCAGGCAACCACCUCCCGCCUCUGUACUUGGACGGUCAUGUGUUUGCAAGUCAGCCCCGGCUGGUUCCUCAAACCAUACCUCAGCAGCAGAGUUACCAGCAGGCUGCCGCUGCCCAGCAAAUCCCCAUCUCUCUGCACACGUCUCUGCAGGCUCAGGCUCAGCUUGGACUGCGGGGCGGGCUUCCCGUCUCCCAGUCUCAGGAGAUCUUCAGUUCUUUGCAGCCCUUCAGGUCUCAGGUGUACAUGCACCCCAGCCUGUCACCACCCAGCACCAUGAUCCUCUCUGGGGGCACGGCCUUGAAGGCUCCAUACUCAGCAUUCCCAGGCAUGCAGCCUUUAGAGAUGGUGAAGCCCCAGUCCGGCUCACCCUACCAGCCCCUGAAUGGAAACCAGGCCCUGGUCUACGAGGGCCAGCUUGGCCAGGCUGCUGGACUGGGCGCCUCCCAGAUGUUGGACUCCCAGCUGCCACAGCUGACCAUGCCACUGCCUCGGUAUGGCUCCGGGCAGCAACCACUCAUCCUGCCACAGUCCAUCCAGCUGCCACCAGGGCAGAGCCUCUCUGUCGGGGCCCCCCGAAGGAUUCCUCCACCUGGGUCCCAGCCACCAGUCUUGAACACCAGCAGAGAGUCCUCUCAGAUGGAGCUGAAAGGCUUCCACUUUGCCGACAGUAAACAGAAUGUUCCCACAGGAGGCUCCGUAUCGUCACCACAGACCUACAGGCCUAGCUCUGCUAGCCCCAGUGGGAAGCCCUCUGGAUCAGCAGUUAACAUGGGCUCUGUGCAGGGACACUACGUUCAACAGGCAAAACGAGUGGAUGAGAAGCCCAGCCUGGGAGCCGUGAAGCUGCAGGAGGCCCCCUCAGCCGCCCCCCAGAUGAAGAGAACCGGAGCAAUCAAGCCUCGGGCAGUCAAAGUGGAGGAGAGUAAAGCCUGAAGGUGCCUGGCCACAGCCUCACCUCACCCUGACGGGGACAGUGCCACCAUCCAGCCUGGGCCACCACCACUCGGAACCUCACCGGACCCACCGUCCGAGCACCUGGCCCAGACUGAGAGCUCUGCUCCUGCCCACUCCUCCCACUCCUCCCACUCCUGGAAGCUCAUGCAGCCAGCUCGCACUGUGGACGUGUGGCGCCGACCUGCUUGCUUUGACAUAAAAGAGCAAAGGCUCCCUCCCUCCUGCCCCUCCUCCCCACUGUGGAGUGAGUCACCUCUGUGCAGUGCAGACCCGCCUGUCCAGUCCCCAGGCAAUGGCUGGCGGCUGGGUCUUUCUAGCCAGAGGCUUUUUGUUUUAAAAAGCAGCUAAGGUUUUUACAAAGGGGAAAGGAAAACAAAACGCCAGCUACGUCUGUAUAGCUGAACUUUUAUACGGUCCUCACUGUCCUCUCUGCCCCUCUGCUGUCCCCAGUGGUCUCCUCUUACCUCUGUCCUGUUUGAUGCGUCGCUGCGAUACCUUAAGAGAUGCCUCUUAAGAAUGUGCCCCAUGGUCAGCCUUCGGGGUCACUGAGGUACCAUUGUUGAGUGCUCCAGUGUCAGCUCCCGCUUUGGCGGUGAGGUGAGUGGGGCAGCAGGUAGGUCAGCAUCUCCACUGGGCCCAGCCCCAGGCCGGGAGUCGAUGACGUUCUAGCUUAAGAAUUACAUGGCAUUUCUGUCUUGGGCUCUUAUGAAGCCAGUGGACACAAUGACUAUUGGGCACCAGAGGUGAACCUUGGUCAUCAAUGUCGUUGUCCAGAUCGGCUGGGAUGGCGUGAGCCGAUGCUCCGUGGGUCCUGUCUGUGCUGUGCUUCCCAGGCCCCAUACCCCCUUGGGCUCUGCUUCCACUCACCAUCCCAUCCCCCGCCUUCUACAACCUGUCACUUCCCUUUCUCCUUUUGCAGAGCCUGCUGCGCUCUCUGGAUCCCAGUCCCUCCACCCACAUACAGCGCAAACAGCUCGUCAUUAAAGCCACAGGCACAUAAGACAGCUGCCCCUUGGGGUCUGCAAAGGCGUGUUUCCUAGAUGAGGCUAUAAGGAUUUUUCCUCUCCCUGUGCUUCAGUCCAGCAGCAGAUCCCUGUUGUUAGCAUGCAGGAGCCCAAGCUAAGCAGCAGGUGUCAGCGUCACUCAUUCUACAGCCUGCCAGCCAGGCAGGGUCAAGGUGAAGGUGGGCUAUGGGGCUGGCCAUGGUUCUGAAGCAGCCAGGGCAGCCUACCCAAAAGGACAGCAUCUUCUGUCUGGAGAGCUGCCCCUCACCAAAGAUGUGGGCCCCUGCAAUGCUGGGCUUUCUGCUUUCCAAUCAGCCCAGACUCCAUCAUUCCCAGGAAGGUAAAGGGGGUAAUUUCAGUUUCUCAAAUGCUAUGCAGGGUCCCUAACCAGCCAUCCACCCGCAGGAGCCACUGCCUGUCCCAGAGUGUGCCACAUGUGCAGCUGGCCCUUGGUGUCCCUGUGGGCGACAGCUGCGGGAGCUGGAGGUACUGCGCUAUCUCCAGCAGAGCCUGGCCCCUGCUGUUGUAAUUGGGUUCAGCCUUCCCCUGCCAGCAGCGCUCACUGCAAAUCAUCCUUGGUGGCAUCUGGGGAGAGCAGUCACUGCUUCACCUCAAGCCCUUGGCACCUCCCCCCCUUGCCUCCACCCCCAGACCUUACUGGCUGGGCUUGUCUUCAUCUUUACUCUUCUGUCCCUUCUCUAACGGCUGCCUGCCUGGAGUCUGCAGCCCUGGCCUGCCCUGUCCUUCAUCUGCUCCCAACCCCCCACGUCUCUGGUCACUGUUCCUGUGAUGAGUCUUCUGCCCCUGCCCACUGCCUCCACUGCCAAGCCGCCCCUUGAUGAGUCUGGGCCAGCCAGAGCACACGCAACCACCUCUGCCUGUCCACCUUACAAAUGCCAGACACGCUCACCUAAUGCCAAUGUGCAUUAUGUGUCAAAAGGAACAAAAAAUUUCUCAUUUCAAAAUUCAACAGAACAGUCGUGGAUGCUGUUAAAAAUGCAAGAUGUCCCUUCAGGAGAACCUGCCACAGAAUGACAGUACUUCCUGUUUGAGGAAAAGUAGGUCACCCAUUCUCAACCUUCUCUCACCCUGUCUCCCUCCUUCCCUGCCUCCCACCCCAAAUAAAGACAAGAGACACUAGAAUUUAUUUAUAUGUAUUGAUGUUGUAGGUCUAGGUGAAAAGAAGUAAAAUGUUCCACUGCUCUAUUUAUAUAUAAUGUCUGAAUUAUUCUGUGCAGGAAAGGCCAGGAAAUUGCAUGUGAAGUUUGGUGCGUUUGCCACCUCUGUGACCUCAGCUGUGGGCUCUUCCCCCAAGUGCAGAUCUUCAAUUCAACUCGGGCAGAGGGCAGGCCUCGGCCUCCCCACCUCCCAGCCCCUCUGUGUUCUGAUUAAAUGCAGUUUUUAGUGCAGCUUUUUAAGGUGCAAUAUCUUUCUUCCUUUCACGUGGUUUUAGGGCCAAUCUCAAGGUAAUAGGACUUGGCAUCUUAUUUUGGUUUCAAACCCCCAUUCUCAGAUACAUACAGAAGUUUCUGCCAGGACAUCCUGGCCUUCAGUGGGAACAGGAGAAGGCCAGCACUCCUUUGCUACUGUUGAAUUGGCCAAGGGGCAGUGUAAGAUCCUCUCACCAGUCAACUCCUGAUGCUGGCAGUUUUGGCCAGACCAUUGAUGGUACAGCCUGUCGCUCGACCUCCAGGGACUUUGUAGUAUUGGUUCUCUGCUGACCACUCAGUGAAGUGAAAUUCAAGGGUAGGGUGUCUGAAAUGCAGUGUCCACCCACUGAGGGCUGGUUUCUUAACUGUUAGCUUCCCGUACAUAGUUCACACUGUUUUCAAACUUGGAGUUCACAGAACACUCUGGCUCUAGUUUUCUUAAGGGAGAAUAAAGGAAGACUUUAUUUCACAUUCAGAAAAGGUUGAGUCCAGAGCUCUGGUCAUUCCAGCUGCUUCUAGUGAUAUCUGGGUGACAUGUUAAAUACUGACGUUCCCUCCAGUCUUCUGAUCUGCCUUCCACAGUCAGGGAGGAAGUUUGACACACUCAGCGACCAGGAGGCAGGCAUCUGCUCUGGUGCAGUGUCAGCAGCUCUGACAAAGGCCCUCCCCUGAGGACUGCUGGGCCGCCCUCUGCCAAGUGGCUGCCUUUGCCUCAAAUCUUUUUUGUCCCUUCUCACUUGCAGGGCAAACCUGGGUUACAGGGUCUGUUGGAAAUGACCUCGCCGUGUUCUGUGAUGAAUGGGAAACGCAGACUUCCAAAAACCCAGCCCUCUGAAUGUGAGCUGGACCUGAACAAGAAGGCCAUCUGGGCAGGAGUGGCUGGGUGUUGGAGACAGACGCUGUUACACAGCCAUGCUCCUCACCCAGCCACCCGCACAGCUGGCUAGUGACUUAGGGCAUGAGACCUGCCUUUCACCCUUUCUCCGCCCAUUUGGUAGCCUCCAAGAUGGCAGCAGCAUUCUUAGGACCCUGUGUAAAAGCUCUGUGCAGGCGACCUUCUUCCACUGUUUAAAGGGGAUCCUGUACUUUGGACCUCAUGCCUUGGGUAGUAAAAAGGAUCUGGGGGUUUGCUGCUUUGCUUUUGAGAGGGUUAUGUUUUGGUUUUGUUUCCUUUUGCUUUAUUUUGGCCUUCCUCUCUCGUCUUUUCGUGUAGACCAGAUAUUUGAAAGGGCAGACGAUGGCUCACGGGUCUGUGCAGCUUGUUUAUAUGUGAUGUGGGGAAACCAUUACUCGGAUGGGAAAUGGCAUCGUGGACUCACCCGGCCGUGCUGGACGCUCACCCUCCCUCCCCUCCAGUUCAGUACCUGUUGUUUCUCCUUUCAAAUAUGUGAUUGUACUAGCUCUUUCCGUAUGAAAGACUCUCCUUAUUUAAAUAAAAAAAGGAAAAAAAUAAAGCUGGACAUGCUUUCUCA